GGCAGCUUUAGAGCGACCGGAGAAUGCCGCGUGGGGAGAGCGAGGGGAUGACGGGUUGGGCAAGGACCACACCCACACGUCCGAUUCGAUUCUCUUCCCAAGCCAGCCAGCCAGGGUCUUCGUCGCUGCCAGCCUCGACAGCGCCCGGCGCACUCUUCUCUCCUUUCUUUCUUCUCGACGGCCAUGGCCUCUUCCUCGUCGUCGUCUCCGGCCGUCAACUCUGGCGACCUCGUCGACCUCGUUUCUUCUUCCGCGUCUGCGACCGUUUACCCCUCCGACGAUGCCAUUCUCGCCGUUCUCCAGGCUCGCUUUAGAGCUGACCUACCUUAUAGCAGACUUAACUCAUCCCACCUAGUCGUCGUCAACCCCUACAAAGCUUUGGCGAACACCAACGAUGUCAGCGCACAAGAGUACGAGGAGCGGUGUUACAAGGACACUUCCCUCCCACUCACUGGCUCCUCGCAACCAUUACCACCCCAUCUCUAUGAUCUCGCGGCCAAAGUGUAUUUGCUCAUGCGGAGGCGGACAGAGUCUCAGGCGGUCGUUUUCCGAGGAAUCACAGGCUCCGGGAAGUCAUUCAGUCGUGACCUGCUCAUCAACCAAAUCCUUCGACUCUCGACACACUCCAAGCGCGAGUUGAAGCUCGCAGAGCAGGUCAGGGCUCUCGCUCCUGUUCUCGAUGCGUUCGGCAACGCCAAGACCCUUCUCAACCCGAACGCCUCACGCCACGGUCGAUACUUCGAGCUGCACUUCAAUGAGCGGGGUCGUCUCAGUGGCGCGAAGGUUCUCACGUAUGGUCUCGACAAAUCACGCCUUAAUAGGCUCAGUCACGAAGAGCGAACGUACCACAUAUUCUACCAGCUCCUGGCGGGCGCCACGCCUGCCGAGCGGGAUGCGUUCAACCUGGAGGAUCCUUCGGACUAUGCCCUCCUCGCUUCAUCAGGUUGCUAUCGUCUUCCUUCAGGGCCGUUCAGCGACGAUUCAAUCGCUAUGGAGGAUUUGCGUGUGGCGUUGCGGACGUUGGGUUUCAAGGCGAAGCACAUCUCCGCUGUUUUCAGCCUCAUUGUCGCCAUUCUCCUCCUCGGGAACCUUCAGUUCGGUGACGGCGACUAUAAGGACGCCUCUGCCUACGUGGCGAACGUCCUCGUCCUCGAUCACGCCGCCCGUUUGCUCGGUGUGCCUUCGGAGGACCUAGCCCAGACGCUGACAAACAAGACGAGUUACGUCCGCAAGGAGCUCUACACCGUUCUGAUGAACGCCCAACAAAGCGCAGCACAACGAGAUCAUUUCGUUCGCGACUUGUACGCCAUCCUAUUCGCAUUCGUCGUUGAGACCGCCAACCACCGCGUGGCCCCGAGCGCUUCGGACCCGCCCCCGCACACUCAGGUCGUGCUCCUUGACCAGCCUGGGUUCCAAUCCCGUGGGCCCGCCUCGACUGCUUCGAUGAUGUUCAAUGCUCCUCUCAUCCACGCCUACGGUCAGAACGGGUUCGACGAGUUCUGCAUCAACUUCCAAGACGAGAUGGUUCAUUCUUAUGUUGUGCGGAAUAUCUUCGAAGAUAGUGUGGGCUACAACGGACACCUCGUUGGCGAUGGCAUCUCACUUCCAGCCAUCACUGUCAUGGAUAACUCGGCCUGCAUCGAGCUUAUUCGUGGUGCUCAGCUUAAUGAACGGGCGCACAAGAAGCCCGCGGGAAUGUUGGGGGUGAUGAACAAGGCGUGCUCGUCGUUCAAGUCGGGCAAGAGCGGCGACAAGAGGGACGAGGACCUGCUGCAGGAAAUUGUGUCGAAGUGCGGCGGUCAUGCAUCCUUCGUCGCCAGCACCGGUGCCGACGCGAAUACGUUUGGUAUCAAUCACUACGCGGGUCCCUGCAAUUACGAGACCACCGAUUUCGUGGAGAAGGACACGGACAUGCUGGACUCCGCCUUCGUCACUCUCCUUCGCUCUUCAUCCGAUUCGUUCGUUUCCAAAUUGUUUUCCGGACCGUCACUCGCCGCGGAGAAGCAUAGCAAGGACGAAAACGCCAUUGUUCAGGCACAGGUCUCCUCGCGGCCGUUGCGUCAUCCAACCCCCGUUCCUGCCUCCGGCUCGAGCUCUCCCACAGUGGAGGAGCACCCCCAUCUCGACCCUACGAAGGUUUACCCCGUCACGACUCAGCUCAAUUUCAACCUUUCCGAGAUCAUCUCCACUCUCGACCGCACACGACUAUGGACGGUCUCGUGUAUCCGGCCUAACGACUCUGGUUCCUCCAAUUCGUUCGAUAAGAGACGAGUGAAGGCUCAGAUCCGCUCUCUCCUACUUCCCGACAUCGUCGCCCGUCGCAAGACGGAGUAUGUCGCCGACUAUGAGCAACUCGCGUUCUGCGACCGUUACGUUCCCACUAUGCGUGGGUCCGAGGAGGAGCGAAUUCGACAAUGUGCGUCUUCGAAUGGGUGGAAGGAAGGGACGGAUUACGUUCUCGGACAUAGGAUGAUUUGGCUCUCGUACGGCGCCUGGAAGUCGGUAGAGGAUGUUCUGCGGGCUUCGGAGAAGGACAGGAAGGAGUCGGGCGAGGGCGUGGACGACAGUGAGAGCGCAUAUCCGGAGGACACUACCGAGUAUGACCAUCAGGACCCACCCACACCACGACGAGAAGAGUAUGGUGACAGUGCCGACGACCUUCUUCUUGCGCGCACUGGCAGCCACGGCACGCAGUAUCGUGCUCCCAACACCGCGACCGGCUACGCGGCGGUGGGCUACUCGGACGUCAACAUUACGCCCCAGUAUGAAGGUGACGGCCAAUGGCACGACUACGGCUCGGACAAGAAGGGUCUCACCGAUGAGAUGCCCUCGACGCCUGCGGCUACGAAGGAGCUUGUGCCUAAAGAGGUGGCGCUCGACACCCCGCCUGUCACGACUGCUCGUAAGUGGUGGCUGCGGGUGUGCUGGCUCAUGACUUGGUGGAUUCCGACGUUCAUGCUCACGUAUAUCGGUCGGAUGAAACGCCCGGAUGUUCGGCUGGCCUGGCGCGAGAAGUUCACCAUCUUCCUCCUCAUCUUCCUCCUGAACUGUUUCAUCAUCUUCUACAUCGUCGAGUUCGGCCGUUUGCUUUGUCCCGAUUCCGACAAGGCGUGGAACGUGGACGAGGUGGCCGAGCACACUGGUGAUAACGAUUAUUGGGUUGCGAUCCAGGGCAACGUCUACGAUAUCACGAACUUCGUUAAAGGCCAGCACAGUGAUAUCUCCGGCGAGGACAGUAACGAUUCGGACACGCUUGAGGAAUUGGCUGGGCAGGAUCUUACGAACUAUUUCCCUCCACCACUCAUUCUCGCUUGCCCCGACCUCGUCUCCGACGAUACGCUCACGCUGUCGUACGCCAACUUUACGGCCACUGUCACUACCGCGGUACAUACAUCGGGCGCCUUGGCGACGGAUUCGUCGAGUAAGCUUUCGGAUAGUGAUUGGUACACAUCGACGUUCCAGCCUGUGAUCAAGAAGUAUAUCAAGGGACCUUUGGUGUACACCAAAUCGACCAUUGAAUCGCAAGCUACGAGUUCCGACGAUGAUUCUUCUUCGACAGACACCAAGACUUGGGCCAUCUACAACGAUCACCUCUACGAUCUGACCGACUACUUCUACACCAUCGACCAGAACUCUGCCACGACCAGCUAUGAGUUCCUCGAUUCUUCAAUCACCGACGUCUUCCAACAGCAGCCCGGCAAUGACAUCACGAAAACGCUGAACAGCGUCAUGGAAUCGAUGGACGCCACGACCGUCGCGCAAAACUUGGCUUGCUUGAACAACAAGUUCUAUAUCGGCGAGGUCGACUUCCGCAAGUCGGCGAGGUGUCAGGUCCAGAAUUACAUCUUGUUGGCGGCAUCGAUUAUUCUAGCGUCUUCCAUGGUGGUCAAGUUCUUGGCCGCGUUGCAGCUCGGUGGCAAACGCAAUCCCGAGAUGCUCGACAAGUUCGUCCUGUGCCAGGUUCCCUGUUAUACCGAAGGCGAAGAUUCGCUCCGUCGUACUAUCGACUCGCUCGCCAAUCUGAACUACGACGACAAGCGAAAGCUCAUCUUCAUCAUCUGCGACGGAAAUAUCAUUGGUAGCGGCAACGACCGCACUACGCCUCGCAUUGUCCUAGAUGUUCUCGGUGUCGACCCUAAGCUUGAUCCUGAGCCUCUCCUGUUCAGGUCGAUUGGUGAAGGUUCGAAGCAGCUGAACUACGGGAAGGUUUACUCCGGUUUGUAUGAGUUCGAGGGCCAUGUCGUCCCAUACAUGGUGGUCGUCAAAGUCGGCAAGCCGAGCGAACGUCAAAAGCCUGGUAACCGCGGGAAACGUGACAGUCAGAUCCUUCUCAUGUCGUACCUCAACAAGGUCCACUUCGACAGCCCGAUGGCACCUUUGGAGCUUGAGAUUUACCACCAGAUGCGGAAUGUCAUUGGGAUAGAUCCAGCCUUUUAUGAGUAUAUCUUCACUGUUGAUGCGGACACUACGGUUACACCCGACUCUAUGAAUCGUCUGGUCGCGUCGGUCGCCGAUGAUUCGAGUAUCAUCGGUAUCUGUGGCGAGACGAAAUUGGAGAACCCUGAAGGCUCUUGGUGGACCAUGAUUCAGGUAUACGAGUACUACAUCUCUCACCACUUGUCCAAGGCCUUCGAGAGUUUGUUCGGCUCCGUCACCUGUCUUCCCGGUUGUUUCUCCAUGUACCGUAUCCGUACCGCCGACAAGGGUCGUCCCGUCAUCAUCUCCAGUCGUAUCAUCGAUGAAUACUCGGAGAACCUGGUCGACACGCUCCACAAGAAGAACUUGUUCUCCCUCGGUGAAGAUCGUUACCUCACUACGCUCAUGAUGAAGCACUUCCCGACUUUCAAGACCAAGUUCACUCCGGAUGCCGUCGCGCACACUGUCGCUCCUGAGUCUUGGCGUGUGCUGCUGUCCCAGAGGCGUCGGUGGAUCAACUCGACGGUUCAUAAUCUUUGCGAGCUGGUGUUUUUGCCUGAGUUGUUUGGUUUCUGCUGUUUCUCUAUGAGGUUCUUCGUCUUCAUUGAUCUUUUGGGAACUUUGAUUCUUCCGGCUACGGUCGUCUACCUCCUCUACCUGAUCAUCAUUGUCGCCAUUGGCGGAGCGGCCAUCCCCAUCAUCUCUAUCAUCAUGAUCGCCGCCGUUUACGGUCUUCAGGCCUUGGUCUUCAUCAUUAAGCGAGAGUUCAUGCUCGUUGGGUGGAUGGUUGUUUACCUGUUGUCUUAUCCUGUCUGGAGUUUCAUGCUGCCAGUGUACUCCUUCUGGUGCAUGGACGAGUUCGGUUGGGGUAGCACACGUUUGAUCGUCGGCGAGGGUAAGGACAAGAAGGUCAUUGUCAACGAGGAUGAUGUGUUCCACGAGAGUAUGAUUCCGCUCAAGAAGUUCAGCGAUUACGAAGCCGAGACAUGGGAAGGUUCACACCAGGGUGACAUGUACAGCAAGCCUGGGUCGCACCUUCCACCUCAUUCCAGAGCGCAGUCUCGAGCACAGUCACCGUACGGAUCCCAAGCAGGCGAUUUCUACCGCGAUACAAACGUCAUGGACUCCAAGAAGGACCUUCGUAGCCACCCGUCGCAAGGCAGUAUGUCUCAGUACGGUGGUCAUCAGCAGCCGCCGAUGUCACAGUACGGUGCUAUGCCUCAACUGCCAUUCAUGCCUUUCGGUACGGGCUACGCCGGGUCCGCUGCGGGUUCAGAUUAUGGUGGCCACAUGCAGAUGGGUAUGCCUUACCAGCAGACCGGAAGCGUCUACGGAAUGAUGCCACCUGGUGGGCCGAGGAAUACGAUGAUGUCGUUCAAUCAAAAUCCGUUCGGCGGAGGUAUGGCUCCAGGAAUGGGGAAUAUGUCUUCAGGGCAGUCAAUUGCAGGUGGUGCUCCUCCUUCAAUGGGGGGUGGGAUGGCGCAACCGCGGAUGUCGACGUUCUCGUUGGCGACUUCGGUGAAUCCGUUCGCAGGGCCUAGCAACAGCACGGAUCCGACGGACGAUGAGUUGACACAGGCGUUGCGUAAUUAUCUCAGCACCCAAGACUUGAUGACCGUUACAAAGAAAACCGCACGCGAGGCUAUCAUGGCUCGUUUCCCGAAGGCGGACCUGGCCCCACGGAAACAGUUCCUGAACGACUCCAUAGAUGCGAUCCUCCGCGAGGCGUAGAGACACUUUCAUCUAGUCUUCUUGCCUUUGUACGAACUUGACGCUGUCUCCCUCGCACACCUAUCAUCUCUUCCUCUGGCAUCGCAUCUCUUCUGAUGGAAUCGUAUCGUAAUGUAUACUUGCAUGGACUGUGCCGUCAUGGACAUCAGACCCUAUAAUUCCCCUUCGUCAUUAGCUCGUUCAUUCCGUUGGUUUAUGUCCACUCUUUAAUUACGCGCGCACCUGCAUUUUCAGACACUCAUCAUAGCUCGGACUUUCUCUCCAUCCCCACAACCCCCCAAGUCCCAUAUUCCACUCCCCAUCUCAUGGUAUAUCCUUCUCUUUUCAGCGCAGAACUU